AACCACUGCUCUUAUCUCCAAAACCCAUGAAGAAAGUUUCUUUUUUUCCCCUGUCGGUUACGUUUAUUACCAGAUAGUUCUGUUAUCUGAUAAACAAAGUUCAAUGGAGACGAUGAAGAUAGCUUCAUACGAUCGUGUCAGCGAGCUUAAAGCUUUCGACGAGACCAAGACAGGUGUAAAAGGACUCGUAGACGCCGGAGUCUCAGAGGUUCCACGCAUAUUCCAUCACUCAUCUCUCAAACAAUCAAACCCUAAACCACUUUCCUCUGACUUGCAACAUCUCACAACGAUCCCAACGUUUGAUCUCGGAGGACGAGUCUUCGAGGACGAGACUAAGCGCAAGAACGUGGUUCAAGGGAUUAAAGAGGCAUCAGAGAAGUGGGGUUUCUUCCAGCUGAUUAACCAUGGAGUUCCUCUCGAUCUUUUAGAGAGGAUGAAAGAUGGAGUUCGUGGGUUUCAUGAGCAACCACCAGAAGUGAGGAAACAAUACUACGGGCGAGAUUUCACUAAAAAGUUUAUGUAUUUGAGUAACUUUGAUCUCUUCAGCUCUCCAGCUGCUAACUGGAGAGACACUUUCUCUUGUACCAUAGCUCCAGAUACUCCGAAACCAGAGGACUUGCCAGAGAUUUGUAGGGAUGUUAUGUUGGAAUACACAAAGCAUGUGGUGAAUUUGGGAGAGUUUCUUUUUGAGAUGUUAUCAGAAGCUCUAGGGUUAGAACCUAACCAUCUGAAUGAGAUGGAUUGCUCAAAGGGUUUGCUUAUGCUUAACCAUUACUACCCACCCUGUCCACAACCUGACUUAACUUUAGGCGCAACUCAGCAUUCAGACAACUCUUUCCUUACAGUGCUUCUACCAGAUCAGAUUGAAGGUCUUCAAGUCAACCGUGAAGGGUAUUGGUACGAUGUUCCUCAUGUACCCGGUGCACUCGUUAUCAACAUAGGAGAUCUUCUUCAGCUUGUAACAAACGACAAGUUCAUUAGUUUGGAGCAUCGUGUAUUGGCAAAUAGAGCCACACAAGCUCGAGUCUCCAUCGCGUGUUUCUUCACUACUGGUGUAAGACCGAAUCCUAGAAUGUACGGACCCAUAAGAGAGCUUGUGUCUGAAGAAAACCCUCCAAAGUACAGAGAGACAACCAUUAGAGACUACGCUGCUUACUACAAUGCUAAAGGACUUGAUGGAACCUCUGCUUUGCUCCAUUUUAAAAUAUGAACUACAACUUUUCCACACACAUUCGACAUGGAUGUGUAUGUAAUAUAUUUAGAUUUGUAGAUUCAAAUUACUCUGAGAACAAUAUCAAAAGUGUGCCUGCUGAAAUAAACAUAUCACAGUUUAUACGUUUUUUA